GAGAGCUGUGAUUGGUCACAGCUUGUCAUAUGGUACAAGGCUGUUGUGAACAGCCUUGUACCAUGUGACAUCUGUGAUCAUUCACAGAUUGCACUAGUAGUAAGUAAUGAUGUCAACAAGUGACAUCUUGCUUACUACUAUUCAUAUGAUCACUGAUUGGCCAAUCAGUGAUCACAUGAUCAGGACCUCACACAGAGGUCCCGUACAGCGAUUGGUGUUCACAGUGGGCACCGGAUCGAGCGGGCAGCGGAUAGCGGUACUGUACACUCCCAGGGAGCGAGCACAAGCAGGGAGCAAGGAGGCUGUUUAU